CGCGCUCCUGCCACGGGCUGCGGCGCUGCGGGGCCGGGAGGAUGCGCUGAGCUGGCGGCGCGAGCGGAGCCGGGCCGGGCCGGGCCUGGCCAUGGGCACGGUGCCGUCGGCGCUGAAGCACUGCCUCAGCUACCAGCACCUCCUCAGGGAGCAGUUGUGGAGCGGGGAGCCGCCUCCCGCGCAGGAAUACCAGAAGUCUGAACUUCCUGAGUACGUAAAGAUAAUAGAAGUUGGGCCCAGAGAUGGAUUGCAAAAUGAAAAGGUCAUAGUACCAACUGAUAUAAAAAUUGAGUUAAUCAACCAGCUUGCCAAAGCAGGAUUGCCUGUCAUAGAAGUGACCAGUUUUGUUUCCUCAAAAUGGGUACCUCAGAUGGCAGAUCACACAGAAGUAAUGAGAGGGAUCGAACGGCAUCCUGGAGUCCGAUAUCCUGUUCUCACUCCUAAUCUUCGAGGUUUCCAUUCUGCUAUCUCAGCAGGAGCUACAGAAGUCUCAGUAUUUGGCGCAGCAUCUGAAUCUUUUAGCAAAAGGAACAUCAAUUGUUCCAUAGAAGAAAGCAUAGAAAGAUUUGAAGAAGUUGCUAAAUUGGCAAGAAAUAUGAAUAUUCCGGUGAGAGGGUAUGUAUCUUGUGCUUUGGGAUGCCCAUAUGAAGGAAACAUCAAACCAGUUAAAGUGGCAGAAGUCUCUAAAAGACUGUACAGCAUGGGCUGCUAUGAGAUUUCGCUAGCAGAUACAAUUGGUGUGGGGACUCCCGGAAGUAUGAAAAGAAUGUUGGAAGCUGUUAUGAAGGAAAUCCCACUGACUGCUCUUGCUGUUCACUGUCAUGACACAUAUGGCCAGGCUUUAGCCAAUAUUCUCACAGCUAUGCAGAUGGGAGUUAGUGUUGUGGAUUCUGCUGUUGCUGGAUUAGGUGGUUGUCCCUAUGCAAAGGGUGCUACUGGAAAUGUAGCCACUGAAGAUGUGAUAUACAUGCUUAAUGGUUUGGGGAUUAAUACGGGAGUGAAUCUUUAUAAGGUGAUAGAAGCUGGGAACUUCAUCUGCACAGCUUUAAGCAGGAAAACAAAUUCUAAAGUUGCACAAGCUUCCUCUGUUUUUGAACUGUAAAUGAUGGGUUCCUUUCUGCAAAUUAAUUGCUCUUGUCAUUUCUCUUGCCUAAGAACAUUUGCAAAAGGAAAAUCAAUUGUAAAACUAUUUCAGUACAGGAAAAAUACAACCAAGGCACAGAAUCUUAUUAUGGAAAAGAUAGCUGCAUGUGAAUAUAAUUCAAUGUCUUGUCAUAUGUUCUCUUUAGGAAACAACACAACAUUGCAAACAAGAAAUAAAUUGUCCUCCAAUACAAACCCAUUCUUGAUGCUUUUAAGAUGAAAAAAGAUAUAUAUACUUCUGGGCAUCUUACUGUUUAAUUAAAUAGCCUUUUAACUCACUUGAUUGAUUACAGAGUUCCAGAACAAGUGAAUGCAUUGUUAAUUUUUAAUCAAGCUGACUUUUAGUUUAGUACAAAUAUUUGCAGUAGUAUAUGAGAUCCCACAUUGUGUGUGGUCUUGCCAUAAUGAGUUUUAUUUCCUUGCAUCUCUGCACUUUAUUUGCCAAGUCAAUUGUGUUAUGAACAUGAGAACCAAAUCCAAAUAUGCCAUAGAAGUUUUUAAUAAUAACACUUUUGUAUUUUUACUGUGGUUAACAUCUGUUAAGAAUAUGAAUGUCUUUAUCUAGCUCCAAGAGUUUGUGGUGAAUGGCAGUAUGCCAUAUUCAAAUCUAUUGCAAUCUCCCUUAUUUGUUUCAUACAUUACAUUCACUAUAAUUGCCUCUUUCAACACUUAUAUUAAAAAUCAAAUCAGGUAGUUAGCAGAAGUUGGCAUUUACAUACAAUAUUUAGCAUAAUAUGGUGGGAUGUUUGGAUUUUUGUGCAAUGGCCACAUUUACCAGUUUCACAUUUUCAUCUAUAAUCUAGAUUAUCACUUAUCACUUAGAAUAAAAACACUAUUUGUGAGGAUGUUGAAGACCAUGCCUGACUAGCUUACACAGAAAGAAUCAUCUAUAACUAAGCUCAAAAGGGAUGAUAUUGUAUCUUACAAUGCCUGUGUGUAAUAACAAGCUAUGUGAAUUACUACACAAAGCUAAGUAAUGAACAAUUUAAAUAGGAGUUUUGUUAAUUCUAUAUUCAAAUAAUCUGUAACAAUACUAUCAAGUUUCAGGCUGAAUCUUUAGUAUUUUUUUUUAUAUCUGUUGGUUUUUUGAAGCCUAACUCUGCCGAGUUACAGUUCAAUCUUAGGCUGACUUUAAAAAUCCCAAAUCAGCUUUUCUUAUCCUGUACACCUGGAUUGCAGUUUAGGAUUUGUGUAGCUAGAGACUCAAACCAGGCUUACUCAGUAACUCAGAAAUGAAGACUAAACACAUUCAAUCUGUACUGUGAUGACAGUAAAAAUAUCAUCCAAAUUAUACAUUUCCAGUUUGCCAUUCUCAAGGGGCAAAUAAUGAGAAAUGGAGACUGCCGAUCAGACAUGAGAGUAUUCAUGAUUCUAUGGCCUAGUGGUUAGGGUACCCACUUGGGGCAAGGAGCCAGGUUUCUAAUUCUUGGUUUAGUGAAUAUUUCAUGAAAAAUAGGGAUAUAUUAGUUGUACAGGAUAUGGACCCCACAUCUUCCACGUGCUGUCCCUUAUUCUCCAUCCUUAGAAUUAAUAUACCUUAUAACAGUAGUUUUAAACUUUUUUCAUUCACAGACCCCCCCAAAAUUGAAUGAAGGUGAAUUGUAAGUAUGAGUAUUCACAUACUCUUGACUGAUCAUAGUCAUUUUUUGUGGACCUCUUAGAUAUAGACUGUGGACCCCAGGGGUCUGUGGACCACAGGUUGAAAACCACUGUUAUAUAAGACAAACGAAAUAAGUGCCACAAGAGAGACUGAGAGGGCACUGUUCUUACCUCAAAAUAUUCUUCAGCCUGGUUGGUAGGGCAUUUUCAUGGGAAAUGUAGGUUCAAAUGUCAUCGGACAGGAAAAAAGUGAAUUUGAGUCUAUUAGUAGGUAAGUGCUCUGUAACCAGAAGAUAAGGCUAAAGUCCUAGAGUCAGAAACUGGAAACCAUAAAACAAACCAGUGUCAGGAACUGGAAUCCUGAAUCUGAGAGAUGAUCAAAGUCAAGAAACAGGGAGACAAUAGUAAGGUCAGAACCUAGAGCCCAAGAAGCCAAACUAUGUAAUGGGAGCCAAAGAGUUGGAGCUGCUUACAGACUAGAAGCCUGAUAUGUUGCACAGCAUUAAUUGAUGCUAGGAUGGAGCCAAAUGGAUGACUAACAAAGACUGCCUUUCUCUGAACCCAGCUGAGACAGCUACUUGGUCAAUUGGGAAUCAAGGACUUUAACCUUACAUCUAAGUCCAAUGUUGUGACUCAGAACAUCCCCGCUCAGCUGCCACUUAUCCUGGAAGCAACUAAAUUUACUAGGUGACUUUUAGUUUGAGUUAAAAAUUCCCUUGGUGCCUUAUUUUUUAUUUCUUCUAAAAACUGACCCUGCCUAGCUUAUAUCUAACCCCAGAUAGGAAUCUAGAAUCUAGACAUUUUUCUACUUCCGUUGCUGAACUGGCCUUUCUUAGGGGACAGUGAGAAGUUACCUACUAGGCCUGCAUGAAGCUUCCAUUGCUGAUUCAAUUUGGAGGAGAUUUGGCUUGAUUUGGCAGCCAAAUCUCUGAAUCUGAAUCAAAUCAGGAGACCAAUAAACUGGUUUGAAUUGAUGUGAAGCCUCCAAAUUGAUUUGGAAAGAUUUGGAGAGCUUCAGAGAGAUUUGGAGAUUCAGGCAGUCUCCACUUGUCGCCGCAGGGAGUUGGACCUGGACUCCAUGCUGGUAAGUAAGGGGAGGGGGGGCUGGAGGUGGCAGGAGGGGACUAUGGGGGGACCCCCACCAGGCCCCAUCCCCUGCUUGCUCACCCAGCCCCACCUAUGGGUAUGCUGCCGAGCCCCAGCACUUAAAAAAAAGCCUCGCACUCACCAGCUUUUUUUUGUUUUUGUUUAAGUGCUGGGAUGCUUGGGCCAGGUGGGACAGCCAUUGAUGGGGCUGGGAGAGUAGACAGGGGAUGGGGCCUGUUCAAUUUGGAGAUUCAGAUGAUUCGACAGUGGCCAAAUCUCUGAAUCAGAUUCAGCCAAAUCAAUUCAGUACAGUGAUUAGAAUCACCGAAUUGAAUCGCUGUCCCCUGAAUCAGCUGAAUCUGAAUCCAAAGUAAAUACUAGCCACUUUGCACAGGCCUAUUACCUACCACACACUAACGGGAUUAGGCUGCACAAAAUGUAACUACAACUUGAAUAAAAAAGUGUCUACAUACCUGUUCUAUAGUAUCCUAGUGGUUACAGUCCAUGUCCAGGAACUGGCAGACAUUGUCUCCCCUCUUAGCAGGAAGGGUUGCAACCAACAUUUCUUGCCUCUGAGGUAUCCAGAUGUCACAAACCUCCUAUUAUUCAAGGGCUUUAGGGGGUGUCUUACAGGUUUGUUUAUGUUUGGUUUACUGAUAUAAUGUGCAUAGUCUCACUGGAAAGCCAAUAUUAUCCUGUAUCCAUUUAUGUUGCUUUUAUCAUUGUAUAGAUCAUGUUAUGCUGUCUGUAUAUAUAUUUACAAUUUGGGACAUUCUAUAGCCCAAAGAAAUGAGGAAUGUAUACUUGUGGAUAGGCAAAAUUGCUAUGCAGUAGCAUAAUUAGGAGUAGUUAAGUGGAGUACCAGCCCUGGAUGCUGACAUAUAGGGGACGCCAUUAUGGCCUCCUCUACCCAGGGGUCUUUGUCAUGGCAGGGGAAGCCCUGCACUGCUACCAGGCAUAGGAGCCAAGCAGGUGCAGCCCCAUGACCAACCGUCUAUCUUGGGUAGGAUUGUGAAAUGAUACCCUGACAGAAGCUUUGCCAUAGGGGCACAGCCCUGCCCCUGGUAGUUGGUACCAACAGGGCACCAGCAGCAGACCAUGGGGAAUCUACACUUCUGCCAAUUCUUCAGCAUCAGCAGCCCAAGUCUGUCCUGCUACAGCAGCAGCUACUGCUGCCACUCAAAUGAGGACAUCCCAGGAAGAUAAGACUAAUAUUCUUCUCCCUCUCCCACAAAUUUUCAAGUAACCAGCAUAAUUUCCCUGCUCUGUCCCCUCCCCCCCCCCCAAUCUCACUCACUGAAAAAGCACCCUACACCUCAGCUACUAAAUAUCUCUUGGCAUUUAGUUACUAGGGCAAGGACAAUUGUCACUCCCAAUCAACAUCAGAAGGGGCAACUGCUGUGAUGGAUACCCAAUGUAUUAUCUGUCUGUAAUGGUAAAAAACAACCCCACAAUAGCUAAGGCAUUUCAGAGUGAUGGGCCAUCAGCUAGAGGAAUUCCAGCUAUCUUCACAGGAAAGAAAUAUCAAGAAGAGCAAUGUUGCUGAUGUGGGUUGGCUGGGAGGUAUCUAGGGAGAUAUCUUGGAGACAGAUUGGGGAGGGAGGGUCUUUAAGUUAUUUUAGGCUUGGGGAGAGUCCAAGUCCUCAGUGGUCAUGGAUGGCAGGAUCAGCAGGAAGGCUGAUCCUUACAAAUACUUGCAGCACCCUCACAGGGGUAGGUGGUAGCCUGAUGAGAGGUUAAGACACUUUACUUGUCUUUUUUGUUCUGUUUCCAAACUUUAUGGUCAGUUUUCUUGUAUACUUUUCUCCUGUAUAAUAAAUCCUUUUGUUUUGUCUCCUUA